GCGCACCGCUCCCGGGAGCCCGGCGAGGGCUCGCGCUGCUGCCCCCCGCGCCCUUCUACCGCGGGCCCGCUCGCAGGCAGCUGGUCGCCGCCCCGCCGCUUCCCCGUCCGCGCUUGGGCCGGCCCCAGCCAUGUCCAAGCCGCCACCUAAACCGGCCAAGCCAGGGCAGGUUAAAGUGUUCAGGGCCCUGUAUACAUUUGAGCCCAGAACGCCAGAUGAACUGUACUUUGAAGAAGGAGAUAUCAUUUACAUCUCAGAUAUGAGUGAUACAAAUUGGUGGAAAGGAACUUGCAAAGGGAGAACUGGACUAAUUCCAAGCAACUAUGUGGCAGAGCAAGCUGAGUCUAUUGAUAACCCACUGCAUGAAGCUGCCAAACGUGGCAACCUAAGCUGGUUGAGAGAGUGUUUGGAUAAUCGAGUUGGCGUCAAUGGCUUAGACAAAGCAGGAAACACAGCUCUGUACUGGGCAUGCCAUGGAGGCCACAAAGAUAUAGUGGAUGUUCUGUUUACUCAGGCAAACCUAGAGUUAAACCAACAGAACAAACUGGGAGACACAGCUUUGCAUGCUGCUGCAUGGAAAGGUUAUGCAGAUAUUGUAGACAUGCUGCUGGCAAAGGGAGCAAGAACAGAUCUGAAGAACAAUGAGAAGAAACUGGCUUUAGACAUGGCGACCAAUGCAUCUUGCGCUUCCCUGCUUAAAAAGAAACAGAGUGCAGGUACAGUCCGAACAUUAAGUAAUGCAGAGGAAUACCUUGAUGAUGAAGACUCCGAUUAGCUUUUUUCAUUCAGCCUAAAGAACUAUAACUUGCAUUGCUUAUGUCAUUCCCAAAACAUACCUUUACAACUGUAAAAAUACCUUACUUAGAGUCUUCUGAUACAACAUAUAAAUGAGAGGGUGAAAUCAUGCUUUCCAAAGGAAUAAUCUUGAUGUGUGCCAGUAGAUGCCACAUUUUAAAUCAGAGUUCCUUUGGAAUUAUCUCACAGAGGAAGUGUGGCAUUCCCUUAUUGUUGAAUGGGCAAAGGACUGCUUUCUAACACUCAUACGUCUCAUCUCAGGCCUUCCCAGCAAGUGCCUUGUGUCUCUGAAUACACUUCUCAAACUGAAAGGUCCCUCUGGGACAGCAGGACAUCCUUGCUAAUGUUUCCCAAAAUCUCCCUGGGUAUAGGUUCCUUUGUGCAGAUAAGAUAAUACUGGCAGAGUCAGUACUGGCUGACAGGCAUGAGUAGAGAUGCUGCUGUAAAGAGUGACUAUCUUUUGCCCACAUAGAGCCAGCAAGACAAGGUUUGAUUUUUUUGGUAAAAUUUUUUCCCCUUAUUCCUUCCUGUACUCCUUUAAGGGGUAGAAUGACAUGGGAUGGUCUGCCCCUGGAUGCUUUGUCUUCUCUAUUGCUAUGGGCCCAAUCCCUGAAAUGUAAACUCAGGUGAAAUGCUUGCUUAAGUCAGUUCUGUUUUGAGAAAUACACUUAAUUUUGGACUUUGACUUGAUUAUUUUGCUUUUUGAAGUGCAUUAUGCUGAAACUAUUCAUAGUGAAAGGAAGACAGAAUAUUUUUCUAUUUAUCUUGCCUAAUUUUUUUUUACUGAUCUCUCACUUUUAUUUUUUAAAAGUAUUCUUAUAUUUUGUCCUAAAGUACCUCAAAGCUUAAACAUGUUUGAAGGAAUGAGGGAAGAUGUAUUUCAAAUAUACCACAGGUAUCUUUAGAAGAGAUAUCUGAAGCUGAAUAAACAUUUUUAAAAUUUAUUGCUUCUUCUUGUGAAUUAAAGAGAACUAAAAAAUUAAUUGAGCCACUUUGAAUCUUCCCUGCAGAGUUAAAAAAUAAGUAUGUCCUUCAGAUUGCUCAAAUAGCUGCAGCCAAAUAUUAUACGCUACUGAAGGAUUGUUCCUUACUGUGAUGGUAAGAAAACGUUACAAGUAUUUGAGUUACAAUCUCAUUUUCAAUUUUUGUUGCUAACUUCCCUAUUAGCAACUUUGACAGAUACACUCCAGCACAAGUCUGUGAUACUUAAAAAAAAAAAAAAAAAAAGCUCUUGUGAAAGAUUGGGGAUAAAUGAAAAGCUCUUGCAAAAGAUUGGGGAUAAAUGAAAAUCACACUAAGUAUUUUAGAGAUUAAAAGAAGUCUAGAGCACUCUAACAUCCCACUUUUAAAUAUAUAUUGAACCAGAUUAUUUUUAUUAUCCUGGAAAGAACUAGAUAUAGGUAUAGCUUGUUAAAUGAGCACUUACCAAAGAAGGCAGCAUUUGAUUGACCAGAACUGUGUAGGAUGGAGGCGUUGCACAAGUAGUCAUCUGCAGAUAUAAUUCUAAACUGUUUAAGUGUUAAAACCAUAGAACAAAUGUUUUAGCCCUGUGAAAUACUGUGAUUAACUGAACAGCAAUGUUUUGUUUUGUGUGAACCUGAAGAUCCUAGAGGGGAAGAAAUAAAAACCAAAGCCACCAA